GUGGAGGCUGCCACUUGCAGACCUGCUGGGAGUCCCAGCCCAGGCGACUGGAGAGUUGCUCCUCUGGUGCGUCUCAUCCCGAAACUGGGGCUGCAGUUUACGCUCUGGGCCGCCCAUCUGCGCGCCUACAGCCUGGGCUCAGUGCGCUGGCGCCAUGGAGCAGGACAGAGUUCUAGAGCAGCUUCUUCCUGAGCUUACUGGAUUGCUCAGUCUCUUGGAUCAUGAGCACCUGAGUGAAGCUACCUUGGAGAAGAAAAUAGCUGUCUCAGCCAUUCUAAAGAGUCUACAGCCUCUUCCAGGAAAGGAGAUAUCAUACAUGUAUAUGAACACAGCAGACUUGCACUCUGGACCUAGCUUUGUGGAGUCACUUUUUGAAGAAUUUGACUGUAACCUGAGUGACCUUCAGAACAUGCAUGAGGAUGAUUGUGAGGCUGACAGAGACAGCUUGGAGCCAGCAGCGGAGCAGUUCCUGAGAAAAACAUUGGAUCCUCCUCCACCACUUCCCACUAAUCCUCCUCCAGAAGAUGACUAUGAAGAAGCCCUUCCUUUGGGUCCAGGCAAAACACCUGAAUACAUCAGCUCUCAUAAUGGUUCUAGCCCACCUAACUCCAUCAUGGAUGGUUACUAUGAGGAUGCAGAAAGCAGCUACCCUGUGACCAGAAUUAAUGGGGAACAGAAGAGUUCCUAUAAUGACUCUGAUGCCAUGAGCAGUUCUUAUGAAUCCUAUGAUGAUGAAGAAGAGGAUGGAAAGGGGCAGCAGCUAACCCACCAGUGGCCCUCAGAGGAAGCCUCCAUGCACCUGGUGAAAGACUGUAGAAUCUGUGCCUUCUUGCUACGGAAAAAGCGCUUUGGUCAAUGGGCCAAACAACUGACUCUUAUCAGGGACAACCAGCUGUUGUGUUACAAAAACUCCAAAGACCACCAGCCCCACCUGAAGCUGUCCCUGGACGUGUGUAAUGUUAUUUAUGUGCCCAGGGAUGGACGUCGCAAGAAGCAUGAGCUACGCUUCUCCCUGGGUGGUACAGAGACCCUGGUUCUGGCUGUACAGAGCAAGGAACAGGCUGAAGAGUGGUUGAAGGUUAUCAAAGAGGUGAGCAAGUCUAGUGGUGGAACAGAUGGAACAGAGAUACCUAAAUCUCCAGUUUUCCAGUACAAACUAGAUCUGGACAAGAGAUUAUCCCCAGACAAGCAGACAUCAGACUCAGACAGCAUUGGCACAGGAGAAAGCUGUUCAACCAAUAGUCAUCGAGCAUCGGGGGACUCUGGGAGAGGGAAGAAGAGUAGCCUGGCUGAGCUGAAGGGCUCUGUCAGUCGUGCCGCUGGCCGAAAGAUCAACCGCAUCAUUAGUUUCUCCAAGAAGAAGUCACUGACUGAAGAUGCACAGAUGUCCCCACCAGAGGAGGGGGUCCCAUGCUGUGGUUAUUUGAAUGUCUUGGGGAACCAGUGCUGGAAGGAACGUUGGUGUCGUCUCAAGGGCAACACAUUAUAUUUCCACAAGGAUCAUACAGAUCUUAGAACUCAUGUGAAUGCUAUUGUCCUUCAGGGCUGUGAGGUUGUGCCAGGUUUUGGCCCCAAACACCCAUUUGCUUUCCGGAUUCUUCGAGGCCGCCAGGAGGUCUCGAUCUUGGAGGCAAGCUGCUCUGAAGAUAUGGGCCGCUGGUUGGGGCUACUGCUGGCUGAGACAGGCUCCAGAGUACCUCCUGAGGCCUUGCACUAUGACUAUGUAGAUGUGGAGACCAUAGCCAGCAUUGUUAGUGCUGGGCGACACUCCUUUUUAUUUGCAAGUUCCUGUCAGGGCCAAUGGCUUGAGCCUAGAGUCUAUGAUGAGGUGCCCUAUGAGAAGAUGCAGGAUGAUGAGCCCAAGCGUCCUUCUGGAGCCCAAGUAAAGAGACAUGCCUCUUCCUGCAGUGAGAAAUCACUCCGAGUAGAUCCACAAGUCAAAAUCAAGCGUCAUGCUUCUAGUGCCAAUCAAUAUCGGUAUGGAAAGAACCGGGCUGAGGAAGAUGCCCGCAGGUACCUGGUGGAAAAGGAGAAGCUGGAGACCGAGAAGGGUUUGAUCCGGAAUGAGCUAAUGACCCUACGAAAAGAGAAGAGAAUGCUAAAGGAGGCCAUAAAGAACAGUGAAGGGCUGAGAUUAAAGGAUCUAGAAGAGAAGGUAGUGAUAUUAGAGACCCAGUGCCGGGAAAAGGAGGAGAGACGUAUUGAUCUAGAGCUGAAGCUUGUGGCUGUGAAGGAGAGCUUGAAGCAGUCCUUGGCUGGAGGACCAGCUCUUGGACUUGCUGUGACCAGCCAAAGCAAGACUGUGGGGACUGAAAAUCAAACCUCAAUAAGGCAGAGCCAAGGAACCCUCCUGCUGGACUCAUUUCAAAAGGAAUCAGCAAAUAAGCCUCCCAAUCUAGAACACCCACCUCCUGUCAACUGUACAGCUGAACUAAGGAAGAGGAGCCCAUCUAUCAAUGCUUCCAGCAAAGGGAAAGUGCUCCAGAAAGCCAAGGAAUGGGAAAUGAAGAAGACCUAAGAGGAACAUGAGAAAUAUAUCCUCUGGGGAGAGACCAGCUUCUCCAGUCCAGCCUUUUAAAUCCCUUUUCCUGGAGAAACAGAGAAAAGUUAUAACUGUUUGGGAAGCCAUGAAGACCAUCUUCACUGUGUUUUGGAGGGAAAGGGAGAAGGCACUUUGCCAUUGGGGAUACAGGGAGGGAGGGAUGGGGUAGACAGGCUAGUAAUGGAACAAAAAAGACUCUUGGGAAUUUUAGGGGUGGGAAGUGGAUUGGAAUGAGGGGACUGUUAGGGAAAACAGUAUGUUUAGACAAGCUGGAUUGGCCAUUUAACUGAAGAAAUAAGAAACUGAUGAAUAAUCACUUUUAUUUAAGUCUUAGCAUCCCAUUUCUUAUCUCUGAAAUGGCUUAUGGAAAUAGUAAAGUAAAUGGGAUACUGUAGUAAGGAUCAGCUCCUAUUAUCACACUAUAAAGGGUUCCUAGGGCCCUGGCAGCUACUGGAAGCAAGCCUGAGACUGAAAAUGAAGAGGAUCCUCUAUAAUGUCACAGAUCUGUGGUUUCAUGGCUUGGCCAGUCCCCUCUAUUUUUACCAAUCCCAUUCAUCAAUGGAUCUGGCCUUCCAAAACUUUAUUUUUGUGACUUCUGGUGAUCAGCUUCUCUGUGCUCAGAUGAUCAUCAAAUAGCACAUCUUGCUCACCAGACCUGGGCUUAAAGUCAUUUCAGUUUGCUAUGGCCUGCUAAAGCCUGUACUAUACUGAUAUAACCUCAGAAGUCCAGGGUCAACCUCCACACCAAGAAGAGGUACUAGAGGAGAACUUUACUGAGGAUGGCUAGGAUAAUGGCUGCUUGUUUAAGGUUGGGCUAAAGCUAUAUGGAAUGUGAAUCCUAUGACCCUUCACCUAUUCUGUCUAUGGAGUUGCCUUUCUGGGAAUUAGAACUAGCCAUCAGUAAUGUUUGCUGUGCCUAAAUCUGAUUGAUAUAAAAGCAAAGACCUGAAGAAGUAGGAUAAACGUAUGCAGCUGGGGUAUUUUUAGUCACAUAUUCUGUCCAGGCCAACUCUCGGGAGAGUGAUGCACACAGAUACAAGCUUCCCAUGCCACUGGCACACUCUCAAGCCUACACCUGCUCAUAGAUGGGUACUGUGCUAUUAGAAAGACAUAGGAUUUGGGAUCAGAGGACCUGGGCUAGAAACGUGCCUCAGACACUUACAAAGUAUGUGUCUUUAGGGCAAUCAUUUAAUGUGGCUAAGCCUCAGUUUCCUCAUCUACAAAAUGGGGACAACAACAGCACCUACCUCACAGGGCUUUUGUGCUAAUUACAUGAGAUAAUGUAUAGAAAGUGCUUUGGAAAUGAAGGAUUAUAGAAAUAUAAGCUAUUCUAUCUCAGCCCUGUAACUUAAAACCUGCUUGACUGGGUAAAUUUGAUUCUGUAAACUUCAUAUAAAAUAAAGGGCUUGAAGUUAGUUCAUUCACACUCAAAAUCCUGUGAAUUUAUAUACUGCAUAGAAAGCUACGAGCUAACGGUCCAGGUGUUUUUGUGUAGCAAAUGUACAAAUGACCUCUUCCCUGAGACUCUAUCCUAGAAGCCGUCUGUCUCUUCUCACAUGUGAUGCCUCAUCUGCCGGUUAAUCUCUUGUGUAUGGGAAUAGAAGUCUGCUUAAGAGGUGUUAAAGAGAAAUCUAAGUACUCAAGAUUUCUCUUCCUUCUUCUCCAUGUGGAGCUCACUAGGGAAAGGAACUCUCCCCCUUUCCCUUUCCCACCUUUUCUGUAAAAUAGUCCAUUGCCAAAAGCCAAAUGAAGCCUUGCUGUGAGUAUAAAUGUGCUGGGGAUGUGGGGACCUUUUGUAUUGAACUGUCAUGCAUACUGGGCCACAAGUUACUUUUUAAAAACUGAGCACUUUAAAAUCUGUGUCAUGUUCUCCUCCAAUAAAGAUAAAAUUGUAACUAUUCCAUUGCUAUGGAGUCAGCAAUGUUUCCAACUUGGAAAGGUACUUAGGAGGCCACAAUUUCAAAUUCAUUGCAUAUUUAUUAAGUGUCUGCUUUAUGUGGGGCACAGUAGUAUGCUAGGCUAGAAAGAGAGACAACUGUCAUAUUGAAGAAUAUUGUGCUUGGAAGCAAGUUCUGGCCUCAAGCCUUGACUCUGCCUCUUUCUAGAUAUAUGACUGAGUGAGAUGAGGCAUUUUAUCUCUGAGUCUACAAAUCAUCUCUUAAAUGAAAGUACUGGGAUAAAUAAUCUUUAACAUCCUUUAAAGUGACAUUUUAUAGUAGUGGUAGUCUCUCGGUGAUCAAGGAUGACGACAUUUUAUAAGUCUAGAUAAGACACAGUUGUUGGCCUCAUGGAUUUACAGUCUAGUAGAGAUUAUCCCUUAGGAGUGGUUUUCAAGUGUGUUUCAAUCACAUCCAACUCUUCAUGACCCCAUUUGGGGUUUUCUUGACAAAAAUACUGGAGUGGUUUGCCAUUUCUUUUUCCACCUCAUUUUGCAGAUGAGGAAACUGAGGCAAAUAGGCUUAAGUAACUUGCCUAGGGCCAUACAGCUAGUAAGUGUCUGAGGCCAGAUUUGAACUCAAGAAGGUAAAGCUUCCCAACUCCAGGCCCCAGAGCUCUUUGUGCUAUGGUGCCAUCUAGUGGCCCCUGCAUUCAAGUAUUUUAUUUCAUUUAAUCUUCCAUCAACCUUAUGAGAUGAAUAAAAGGCAUUAUCCCCAUUUGAUAAUGAAGAAAACUAGAUCUCAGAGAGGCAAGUACACAGCCUAAAGUUGCACCACUAUAUAGUGUUAGAAUCAAGACUGAAAAACAGGUUUAAUGAAUGAGUUUCCUUUGAUCCAUUUUGCACUGUCUUAUGUACCUCCCAGUCAGCUGGAUCUUAACUUGAUCAAAGUUGCAAAAAUGGGCAGCACUGUGUUUUGGUGAGAAAGGUGAUCUUUGUUUUAGUUAUCCCAUUAAAUUUGCUGAAAAGUUCAGAGGAGGAGAGUUUGGGGAGCUCCAAUGGAUAAUUACAUUCAGUUUUUUAAAAUUACUUUUUUUUUUUUUAAACUGCUGAAUGUUAAAGGCCCUAUGCUGGGAUAAAAAGAUUAAAAACAAAAACAGUCCCUGCUCUUAAAGGGGAUAAACUCCUUUAUCUUAUUAACCACCAUCCACUCCAUUCUACGAACUAGGAGGCUGAAAGUCUAUGGAGCUAUAGAAUCCUUUUGAAUGUCUUAUCCUCUAUGACCCAUAGACCAUAUCAUUAAAUAAGAUUCCACUUACUAUUUUUUGAGCCCCUACUAUGUGUGAAGUCUUGUGUGGGAAAUAAAAAUUAAUGAAAUUCAAUUUUUAUUCUUGGAAGAAGAUAAAAUGGAGAGUUGAAUAAUUAUAAGAAGAAAUGAAUGCUAAAUGGAAUUCAACUCAAUAAACUUGGAGAUCUACAA